CUCCUCCUGCCCGCCAUGCGGAAGAAGGCGGCGUCAGCGGCGACGACCAGCGACGGGGACGUGGUGCGGGAGCACUGGCUGGUGCGCGACAUGUUCUCCUUCGAGAACGUGGGCUUCACCCGCGACGUGGGCAACGUCAAGUUCCUGGUGUGCGCUGACUGCGAGGCGGGGCCCAUCGGCUGCCCCGCCAAGGAGAGCUUCUACGUGGCGCUGGAGCGCGUGGCCCACGAGUGA